CUAAACAGUGUGCUUUUAACAAGAAAUGCAUCACCAUGGCAGUACUCUCUCUCUCUUUCUCGAGCCCCAACAUUUUUUACUCACCUGCCUCUUCUCUCUCCCUUGUCUGCAAAUCUAUCCUCUAGUUAUGCCAUUUCAUUUCAUUCUUAGUACCACAUUUUCUUCUAAUCCUAAUGCUACAUUCUUCAAACAUUAAUAUAUUUUCAUUAAACCACCACUAAUCCUUUUUUUUUUAGUACUAACAACUAUGUUCUUUUCUUGUUACUUGUUUGUUUGUUGCUGUUUUUUCUGUUAAAGUUCCUUCAUUCCUGUCUUAAAAAGAGGAAAUGGUUUUAACACAAUCUUAGUAGAAACAAAAACAAAAAAACAUUUUUUCUUGUUCAUGUUAAAUAAAGUUUGUUUUUUUAGAAACCCUUUUGAAAUUGAAGCUUGAAAGUUGCAACUUUUUGUACUAAAAGGCAAAAGGGUUGUGUGGUUGAGAGAGAUGGGGUGUGUUGCUUCAAAGCUAGAGGAAGAAGAAGAAGUGGUAGCUAUAUGUAGAGAGAGAAAACGUCAGCUGAAGUUAGCUGUAGAGAGAAGAUAUGCACUUGCUGAGGCUCAUUGUAAGUAUUUUCACUCUUUGAAUGCAGUGGCUGCAGGUAUUAAGCUUUUUGUUGCAAGGCAUUCUUCACCUUCUUCACCUUUUCUCAUAACUUUCCCUCCUAAGGAGGGUUUUGAAGCUUCUUCUCAUUCUCAUUCUUCAAGUGAAAAUGUCAUAAAUAACCCUAUGUUCCUUCAGCAAACACCUUCAGAAACCAAGCAUGAGUCCAUUGUUUGUGACUCAUGCAUUGCUUCAAGUUGUUCCUCAGAGUCUUCUGAGGAAGAGGGAGAAGGUGGUAGAGAAGAGGUGAAUGAACAGCCUUGUGAAUAUUACUACAUGCAAAUGCCUAUGCAUAUGAAUAUGAAUAUGCCUGUGCCACCACCUUCAAUGCCAUCACCACAUAGAGAUUUUGGUUGGGAUUUCUUUUACCCUUUUGAUAGUAUGAGGCCUGAGGUUAUGAAUGGCUAUCAUCGGAACUCGGACGAUGAUUUGAGAGCGGUGAGGGAAGAGGAGGGGAUUCCGGAGUUAGAGGAAGAAGUGGAAAGGGAAGAGGAGGUUGAGCAUAAGGUGGUGGUGAGUGUUGAGGAGAAGAGUAAUGAAGGUGGAGGGAAAGUUAUGAGUGGCGUUGAAAUGGCGAAGACCGUGGAUAGUGAAAACGUUGGGGAACAAAAGGGGCUUGCAGUUCUUGAUACACCUGCUGAAGGGAGAGAGUUGCUUGAAGCUUUGAAAGAUAUUGAGGAUUAUUUCAUUAGGGCUUAUGAGUCUGGUAAAGGUGUGACAAAGAUGCUUGAGGCUAAUAGGAUUCCCCUUCAUUCUAGUUUGGAUGAAAUCAAAGAAAGUUCGACGAAACUCAUUAAUGCAAUAACUUGGAAGUCCAUGUCUUCAAGGCAAUCAUCAUGCAAGAGUUUGGUGGUUCAGAAUAUGAAAGAUUCUUCGAAUUGGGUGGAAUAUAAGAAUGAUCUAUUUGAUGAUUAUGGAGGAAUGGAUUCAGGGAGUCAUUUAUUAACCUUAGGAAGGUUAUAUGCAUGGGAAAAGAAACUGUUUGAAGAGGUUAAGGCUGGAGAUAGUACGCGGAAAAGUUACGAGAAGAAAUGCGCGCAAUUGAGAAAUAAGAAUGUUAGAGGAGAUGAUGAAUUAAGCAUGGACAAGACUAGAUCUGAUUUGAAAGAUCUGUAUGCUGGAAUCUUGGUUGCAAUUCGACGUGCAGAGUCGAUCUCAAAGAGAAUUCAGAAAAUGAGAGAUGAAGAAUUACAACCUCAAGUUGUUGAACUAUUGAAAGGCCUGACACAAUCAUGGAAAAUCAUGUUGGAGUCCCACGAAACACAGAAGAAGAUUCUUUCUGAAGUCAAGUACUUUACAUGUCCAGCUUACGGUAAAUUUUGCAACCAAUCUCGCGGAUUGGCAACUCUCCAGCUCGAAGCUGAGCUUCACCAUUGGCGCGUGUGCUUUAGAGAGUACACCGCAGCUCAGAAAGCAUACGUAGAAGCAUUGCAUGGAUGGUUAAGUAAGUUCAUAGUCCCUGAAGUUGAAUUUUGCUCGAGAAGCAGAAACGUUUCGAUGCCAAUGCCAUUUCAAGUCAACGGGCCGCCAUUGCUCGUGAUAUGCAACGAGUGGUUAAAUUCCCUGAGAAAAUUACCUGAUAAGACGGUAGUACUAGCGUUGAAAAGCGUUGUGAAAGAUGUGAAAGCGCUUUGGAUUCUACAAUGUAAAGAGCAACAACAGAAGAGGAAAGUAGAUAGCUUAACGAAAGAUUUAGAUCGAAGAUAUCUAGGGUCGUAUAAACUGAAGACUAAGAUGCUUGAGUUGCAAGUAACAGAACAUAGAUCAGAAGAGGAAGCGGUUUGUGAAGACGAAUGCAUGAUAGAGAAAAGUGAUUACUUGGAGACACUAAGUAGAAAACUUGAGGUAGAGAAGGAGAAGCAUUACAGUUGCAUGCAAGAAACUCAGAGGAUGACGUUGAAUGGAAUGCAAUUUGGAUUUUCUCGAGUUCUAGAAUCUUUGACAGAGUUCUCUAAAGCAUCACAGAAAAUGUACAAUGAUCUUGUGGCUUUUAGUGAAAAUAGUGAGAAAGGUGAGAAUGUUUCGUAUUUAGAAGGUGGUUGCAAUGUCGAAAACUGCAGCAACCAAAAUGGACAGUAGAAUCAAUUGUACUAGUAUUAGUUUAGGGGGUGGUUUAUGUAAUUAUGUUGUUAUUAUGUUUGGUGUUUAUGUCGAAGCAGCUCGCUGAGACGUCGAUUUUUAAGGUAUUUGUUUAGUUGAUCAAGUGCAGACAUCAAUUUUUAAUGUAUUUUGCACUAUUGGU